AUGGACCAUGGGGAACUUUCAGAGCCUGCCUUGGGAGCACAACGUAGGUUGGACCUACUCGACAUGGCCGAAUACCGAUUCGGCUUUGGUGCAGAUCUCGAGGUGGAUUCAGAUUCAGUCCUCCAGAGUGAGAUUACCACAAGCUGGCUUCGCAACCGAUGGCCGCGAGUCGUCAUCCAAGAGGAAAAAAAGUGGAAGCUUGUGCAACAGUGGGUUGUCUGUAAUGGAGUCGUCAUCCAGCAACUUGUGCUACAGAACCUACAGGACGAGGACCUGAAAAUUGAAUGCCCCGUUAGAUUGAAUAUUUUGAUACGCGAUACAAACUUUGUCGACACAACAAGGGAAUUCAACAAGGAGGGUGAUGAUAAGCAUGAAGAGGGAAGUGGGCCCGGAGGCUACGGAUUUGUCAAAAUUCAUGCUCUCUCACAAGGGCAAGAGAACACAAAUGAGGACAGCGAUGCGGUAGCGGCCGUCAUUGGUCUGUUCAUAAACGGAGAGGCAAUCGCCAAAGACGAGUUUGAAGUUGGAAUAACUCGACGGAUUCCAAAACAUGGCCAAUUCCAGCUGGUGUGUGGUUACAAGCUGGUAUUUCUGCCGCACGACAAUCUAGAGUGGGGGCGCCUAGUAUUGAACUCACAAGAUGUGGAUAUUGAUAAGUUCCUCACCGAGACACAGUACAAAGACGACAUCCCAAAAAACCACUUUCUAUUCGAUCGUGAGUUCUUUAUAGGGAGAAACGUAGAACAUAUCCUUUCCGUGUGUAUGAUCCCCACUACCGACCGCUCUGAAGCUGGCGAAGACGGAGCAACGAUGGAGAAUGAUACCAUCGCACUAACGUGCGGCGACAUGUCGGGUCAUAGGGUCUGCGUGUCAGCAAGCUUGUAG